AUGGCAAAGUAUAAGAAAUGGCGACGAAAACAGAGAGCCAGAGCAAAAUUUCUAGUGGGAAAAAAAGGCAGUGCUGCAAUUCCCCAGGGCUCAGGUUGUCCUUCUCCACGGUCAGCAGGUGAUCUUCCUCCAAACACGCCAUCUGUCCCAAGCCAUCUGUCCUCGCUCUGGUCAUUAGCCUUGCCCAGUGUAAAAAAUGUGGUAAAACCCUUUACAACAACAGCAUCAUUUUUGUAUUGUUGGUGCCAGAACACGGUUGCACAGAGUUUUAAGGUGGUGAAAGACACCAUAUUUCCAUCACAAAUGUACUUAAGGGAGCUAAAUAUGCUCAGAGAGCAGCUGGAAAAGUUGGAAGCCGAAUUUUCCAGACUACAAGGAACACUCCAGAUGAAUGGUGCUGCAGCUUUGCCUUCAGAAAAUUCUCUUUGUCAAAGGUGUAAUAAGCCGGUUUUGGGUGCUCCUGUACAAGUGCAGAUGGCCCCACCAUCAUCAGUGUCUGGGCCGCCCACAAUACAGCUGCAGCCUGCGUCUGCUCCCCCUCCACCUCUUCCUCUGCCACCGCCGCCGCCACCGCCACCGCUGCCCCCACCAAAACUGCCCCCAGCACCUCUCCUCCUGAAACGGGGCAACGGCUCUAAAGCACUUCUGGCUGUAUCACUGAAAAAAGACGAACCGAUGCAGAUCUCUCUCAAAGAUCUCCUGAAUGUUAAACUGAAAAAGACAGACAGCAGCCUGAAGAUGGACAAGGCAGAAUCACCAGUGAAGACACACAGGGCACUAAUUACAGUCUCAGAUCUACAGAGUGUUAGUCUGAGACCUAAAUCCAAGCCAUCACCUCAUGUUACAAACGACUUAAUUACCCCUCUUAAAAAUCAAUUAGAUCUUCGAAAACAUCUGAAGAAAGUCAAUAUACAAAGGAGUCCUGGUGGCACUCCACUAAAUAAUAAAGAGAACAUUGAAUACGGAUCUGGUUUGACACCAAUAAUGACACAAGCGCUACGGCGCAAAUUUCAGAUGGCUCAUCCAAGGAGUCCCUCACCAGCCCGGUUAAGUGCAGCAAACAGCUUUGAUGAACCAGAA